AUGGCAUGGCAACGCAGAUAUUACAAGCUGGAGGCUCAAUUAACACAAGCCCAAAAGAGGAUCAACAACCUGACAAAGGCCAAGCUUGCGGAUCUCAAGGCCAAGCUGCUCUCCUCACAGGUGUUGGCCCACAAAUUGCUCACUAACCUUGCCUCCUCCCAGCCCAUCAUUCAGGCCCUCAAAGCCAGUCUGAGCACCCUGAAACAGGAUUCUGCUGGUCAGCUUGAGUGA